GUUCAGGAUGUUCCUGAUGUUCCCGAUGCUCAUGAUGUUCUUGAUGUUCUUAAUGUUCUUAAUGUUCCUGAUGUUCACGAUGUUCUUGAUGUUCUUGAUGUUCUUGAUGUUCACCAUGUUCCUGAUGUUCCUGAUGCUCCUGGACAGGUCUACUACAGACCCAGAGAAGCUACUAUGUCAGUCUGCUGGAACCACGUCCAGAUGGACAUCAGGAGGACAUCUAGGAGCGGGUUAGGACCUGGACCACAGAACCAGAGGACCUGGACCAGGACCGGGACCACAGUACCACAGCACCAGGACCAGGACCGGGACCACAGAACCACAGGACCAGCAGCAGGACCUGGACCAGGACCAGGACCUGGACCACAGAACCACAGGACCUGGACCAGGACCAGGACCACAGAACCACAGGAUCUGGACCAGGACCAGGACCACAGAACCACAGGACCAGCACCAGGACCACAGGACCAGGACCGGGACCAGGACCAGGACCACAGAACCACAGGAAGGACCAGGACCUCGACCAGGAUCAGGACCACAGAACCACAGGACCAGGACCACAGAACCACAGGACCAGGACCACAGAACCACAGGACCAGAACCAGAACCACAGGACCAGAACCAGAACCACAGGACCAGGACCACAGAACCACAGGACCAGGACCAGAACCACAGGACCAGGACCAGGACCAGAACCAGGACCAGAACCACAGGACCAGGACCAGGACCAGGGCCGGUUCUGAUGAGGCUGGGUUCAGGGUCUGCUAAUUUCUGUUCUGAACAGGUUGAUCUGAGGAAAACUUUCUGACUAAAACAUGCUAAUUUUACAUUUUUUGAUUCAGGCUGAAGUUCUGGUUCUGUGGUUCUGGUUCCGGUUCUGGUUCUGUGAUUCUGGUUCUAGUUCUGGUUCUAGUUCUAGUUCUGUGGUUCUAGUUCUGUGGUUCUGGUUCAAGUUCUGUGGUUCUGGUUCUGUGGUGCUGAGGUUCUGGUUCUGUGGUUCUAGUUCUGGUUCUGGUUCUGUCUUUCAGUCUCCAAGCCUUCUAUUAAAGCUGCAGCUCCAGAGUCUGAUAGCAGACGACACGUUUGAGUCCAUCUAGAGGUGAUGAGAGGCUGGAUCUGGACCACGCCCUGCACGGUGGUGAGGUGGCUGAGAUGAAGCCGGCAGGAACCAGACGGAGAACUAUAAUCACCAGAAGCUGUAAUCACAGGCUGAGGUCUGGAGGAGGUGUCCUCUGUAGGAUCCAGCUGCUGCUGAGACUUUAUGGAAAUAAACUGUCCUGCUUCUCCACAGCUCCAAUUAAAGGAUGGUCCUCCACCUUCUGUUUGUGGUUCUUCAGAGGUUCUUCAUGUUUAUUCUUUGGUUCUCUGACAGAUAACAGCCUGAAAUCAGAACAUUAUUUUAUUCUGGAUGAAUCAUUUGUUCUAUAAAACAUCAGAAAACAGAGAAACGUUCUUCACAGUUUCACAAACUGCUACCGUAGAACAUGUUCUGUUGGACCAACAGUUCAGAACCUAAAAUAUUUAAUGUGUUCUAAUGAAGGAACCCAGAGAUGCUGCAGGUUCUUACAUUUACGGGUCAAAAAUAAAUGUUCUUGAGCUCCUUGUGCCUCCAGCUGUGGUGGUUCUUCGGCGGUUCUGGACCAGAACUUUAAACUUCUGUGAUCUCUGAUGGCUCCAACUCCUUCUGCUCAUGUGCACUAACUCUGUUUACAUAUUCAUAUUUUUGAGGAUUUUUUUAAAAUUUAGUUUUAUUUGUAUAUAGUGUGCCAUUUUCUAUUCUUAUCUAUAGCUGGGGGUCUGUGUGGAAAUACAAUGACAAGAAAGAUUCUUGAUUCUUUUUUAGUUUUUCUGGAUUUUUUCCAUGUAGGAAGUUAAAAAUGUGAACUUUGUGAAUGAUUUCAGAGAUGCUGUUGGUGGGCUAACAGGCUAACAUGCUAAUAAGCAACAGUCUAAUAAGCUAGCAUGCUAGCAUGCUAACUUGCUAAUAAGCUAACAGGCUAAUAAGCUAGCAGGCUAAUAAGCUAGCAGGCUGCUUGACCAUGUUUUAUCCCUGUUUCAGGUGAAUUAUUCUGCUCUGUGAUUUCAAUGCAUCUUCAGAGAAAAACAACAAAGACUUGUGACUUUAAUGUUUGGAUUCUUUCAGAUGUUUGUUCUGCAGAUUUAAACGAUCAAACUAAAGCUGUUUCUAUCAAUCAUCAUCUUUCUGUUGUGAAAUAUUUCCAACAGAGCUGCAGCUUUAUGGACAACAUGAUGAUCAGGAUUAUUUAGCCCAGUUAUUCACUGACUUUAGGGCUAAAAUGUGAUCAGAGUGAGUCUUUAAUGUUGCCCUUCAUCUGUGUUUAAAUGUUAAAUUAAUCUCUUCUCCCUGCUGCUGCUUUCAGCUGAACUUCUCCCUUCAAACCAAGAUGCUCAGAUUGUUCAAAUCUUUCUCCUAAAUCAGUCGAAGGAAUGUUAGUUUGGCACAGAGAGUCUGAAGUUAAAGUCCUGUUCUGAUAAUUCACCGUCUGUGGUUUCCUCAGGCUGAAACAUUUUUAAAACUUCUUUCUUUGCAUAUUUCACAGAAACGCUCUGUCCUAUCAAAGUUAUUUGGUGUAGUUUGUCUGUGCACUAAAUAAUUUACAGACUAAACUCACACAAAUAAACUCACACAGGUGAAUUCAUACAGGUAACUGGUACAUAAAAACCCAUACUGUUAUGAUUCUGCUUCUGUCCCUGUUCCUUCUCCCUCUUUCUCCCUCUUUCCUUCUUCCUCGUUUUUCUGACCUGUCUGUCUUCCUCUGUAUCUGUCAUCUCUCUCUCUGUCUCUCACUGCCUGAACUGCUGAUUGCUGCAAUGAAAGUCAGCUGUGACAAUCAGCUCACCUGUUCUCCACCUCACCUCCAGCUAUUUAAGCUCUGUGCUGUGAUUGACUCCCUGCUGGAUCAUUGACCCACAUGCCUUCAUGGACUCUGCUUUUGGACUCUGUUUUCCCUUCCUCUGGAUUUCCCUCACUUGGACUCAUCAGUUCUUCUUUUGGAUUCUAGCUAGCCCUGCUUUUGUCUCCAGCCAGUAGCUCCAGUCUCGUCUCUGUUCGUCCCAGAUUUCCUGAGCCUGCUUCCCUACCCCUUCUGUUGUCAGUUCCCCCCAUCUUGUAAGUACUCCUCCUUCGCAUAGUUCUAGUUUAGUGAUCUUCUGUUUAUGAAUUCAGUGUUUGUUAGUAGUGGUUUGGUUUAGUUUUGUUUCCUCCCAGUUCAGUUCUCCAUUUAUGUAUUGUUUUAGUUCUCUGGUGUAAUAAAAGCCUUUCCUU